AAUACGGAGCUCGGUCUUUAAGCGGAACAUCAAAUGAGCUUUUAAUAUGUUAAGUUUGCUACAUAUUUUAAUUAAAUUUCGUUUUUAUAAUAAACCGUUAUUUUAAAUAAAUAAUUUUUGACCGGUAUAUGGACAACAUGUCUUAAAUAAUUUACAUUUGAAGAAUAAAAAUUACUUUUUUUACUAUUGUAGCAAAACUGAGAUCAAAGACAGCAGCCAUUUUCAUUACCUAAGCUUAGGAAUCUGCAAGCGGGUUAAAUUGUCUGGUUUCAAACCAGUCCAUCAUCACACAGUUGUUCGCAAAUGGCGUUAAAACGCAUCAAUAAGGAACUGCAAGACCUCGGCAGAGACCCCCCUGCGCAGUGUUCGGCAGGACCAGUUGGCGAUGAUCUGUUUCACUGGCAAGCCACAAUCAUGGGACCACCAGACAGCCCGUACCAGGGCGGGGUGUUCUUCCUAACCAUCCACUUCCCCACAGACUACCCGUUCAAACCUCCAAAGGUUGCUUUCACAACCAGAAUUUAUCAUCCAAACAUAAACAGCAAUGGAAGCAUUUGCUUGGACAUUUUGAGAUCUCAAUGGUCGCCAGCGCUUACGAUUUCGAAAGUGUUGCUGUCCAUCUGCUCCCUACUGUGCGACCCGAACCCAGACGACCCGCUAGUGCCGGAGAUAGCGAGGAUAUACAAGACAGACAGGGAAAAGUACAAUGAACUGGCGCGGGAGUGGACCCGCAAGUACGCCAUGUGAUGGGUUCUGCACAGCUACGCCACCGGUCCGGAUCACUCACACAGCAAGAAUCCGUUGAAAAUGAAAUCUUUUUUCUAAAAAAUAAAAAAAUAAAGAUGGGGGGGAAGAGAGAGAGAGAGAGGAUGCAAGAACAAAUGAGUUUUUAGGGUACACACUUUUCUCUGGUUGUUGAGAACAUUGUACAAAUUUUUUGUCCAUUACAACAUUUUUAGUAAUUUGUUAAAUCUGCAGCCUGAAUUUUUUUUUUCUGCCUUGCGCUUGCUUCGUCCCGCUUUACGGAGAUUUUUGUGAUAAAUUUAUUCGCGAUUCAAAGUUGAGAAGUGUGAUGUGGCGACGGGCCCGUGCGGGGGGAGGAGGCCUCGCGACUGCAGGCGGGGGAGAGCCGUGCCUGCGGAGAUUGAAUUUUUUGUCGGGGGCUGCUUCGCUCCGUUUCCUCGGCGUAUGCCCCCCUCGAGACAUUUCCCUCUCGCGACAGCUCUGGCAGAACGUAGUCUUCUUUCACCCGGGACCCGGCUGUGAUCUGUCGGAAGACUUGGAUGCACGCAGGGAAGCGAAGAUUUAAAAUAAAAAUAAAAAAAUUCAAUCUUCUGCGUCACUUUGCAGCUGUUUUUGCCUCCGUGUCGAAUCGCUCUGUGCUCUCCUCGUUUUCUCUUGCCUGCGUUGAUGUUUCUUGCGAAGCUCGCACGGCUCUGUUCAAUUUGAGUUCAUGGAAAUGGCAUCAUACCUUUUUUUUUAUGUAAUCAAAAAAAAAUGAGGUGGUGUCAUGUGUGAAUUUUUUCUCUUGUGUAUAAUAAAUUUUUUUUGUCCAUUUUUACAAGUGGCAUUUCUGUAACCUAAACUUGUUAAUAAACAAUAAUAUAUGAACAAA